AUGGAGACGUCCAAUCUGUCAGCACCUAAUCUUAGAGAACCCUCACGUCGAUCUUCAUCUUCACAUUCUACACACGCGCAACAAAGUCAAUCCAAUCUGGGCGAAGAAGGUGCAGUCAGCGAGAACACGCCUAUUAACUCAAAUUCAAUACGCCCGGACUACCAGUCUACAGAGGGGAUGAGGAGCCGGGGAUCAGCAUCGGGGACCAGUCGGGGAAAGUCAAGGGAGUCAUCUCAGCCUCAAAGUGAAGGAACUAAUGGCGUCCCUGAGGCUCCUGGCGACGGAGAAAAUCACCAGAGGCCUUGGUAUAUCCAGCUGGCCAAUCGAUAUGGCAGCAUGGAACUAGAGAAUAAGGGUAGUGUGGCUCGCGAUCAUCUUGCAUUAGAACGUACCUUUCUGGCCUGGCUACGGACCUCGCUGGCGUUUGCUUCUAUUGGCAUUGCAAUCACCCAACUCUUCCGCCUAAGCAAUGCUGGUAAUCUGCACCAAAGUGGAACGAAUUCUUCGUCUCCGUUGGACGAUAUGCAGACAGCAGGUGCGACUGAACGCCUUCGAAAUCUUGGGAAACCUCUUGGGACGACAUUUAUCGCAGUCGCCAUUUUGAUUUUGCUUGUCGGGUUUCAUCGGUUUGUUGAGAGUCAGUACUGGAUUGUACGGGGGAAGUUCCCAGCCAGCCGUGGCAGUGUAAUAUUGAUUGCGUUUGUAGCGGUGGCUUUGAUCAUUGCUGCGUUGGUAGUGAUUCUUGCGGUUGCUCCGGGGGCUGUUGAAACGUGA